UUGGGGACAGAAUGACACGAUGGAUGAUGGGGGCAACCCCUUCCUUCCAGACAGUAUUAUUUACCAGAUCUUCUUGAGCCUGAGCCAUGAAGAUGUGCUAGCCGCAGGGUUGGUGUGCCGCCAGUGGCAGGCAGUAUCUCGAGAUGAGUUUCUGUGGAAGGAGCUGUUUUACCGAUACUACCAGGUGGCCCGAGAUGUCCCUCGUCAUCCAGCUGCUGCCUCCUGGUAUGAGGAAUUUCAGAGACUCUAUGACACCAUUCCCUGUGUGGAAGUACAGACCCUGAGAGAACACACCGAUCAGGUCCUCCACCUCAGCUUUUCACACACAGGAUACCUGUUUGCAUCCUGUUCCAAGGACUGCACUGUAAAGAUAUGGAACAAUGACCUGGCCAUCUCACUCCUACACAGCUCCAACAUGAGGCCUUAUAACUGGAGCUACACUCAGUUUUCCCAGUUCAACCAGGAUGACACACUGCUCCUCGUAUCAGGAGUCUUCCUGGGGCCCCAUAACUCUUCAUCAGGAGAGAUUGCUGUCAUCAGCUUGGACAACUUUGCUCUCCUCUCACGGGUUCGAAACAAGCCAUAUGAUGUGUUUGGAUGCUGGCUAAAUGAAACCAAUCUGAUCUCUGGGAAUCUACACCGAAUUGGAGAUAUCACAUCCUGCUCUGUGCUCUGGCUCAACAAUGCCUUUCAGGAUGUCGAGUCAGAGAAUGUUAAUGUGGUGAAGCGGCUCUUCAAAAUCCAGAACCUUAAUGCCAGUACCAUCCGUACUGUGAUGGUAGCUGACUGCAGUCGCUAUGAUAGCCCUGACCUCCUGCUCGAUGCUGGACCCCAGCUAACUUCUGUUGCCACCUCCCCUUGCCGAGUUUUUGACCUGGGCAGUGAUAAUGAGGAAGAGGAAAGCUGGGGCCGACCUCCACUAGAAGCCCAGCCCCGGGGGGGCCCCAAGGAGGGACUUCGGCGCUUCCUAGAUGAUAUCAUGGAGGGGCGGGCACGACCUGUCUUAUCAGAGCAGGAGUUGGAGAGCAAAGUUGCAGAGUUUCUGGCCCAGAGCCGGACCAAAGCCCCUGAGAUGAGCAGAGAAAGCAGCGACAAGAAGAAAUAUUUGAUAUUCACCACUGGCUGCCUCACCUACUCCCCACACCAGAUAGGGAUUAAACAGAUCCUGCCUCACCAGAUGACAACUGCAGGGCCAGUACUGGGAGAAGAGCGGCGUUCAGAUGAGUUUUUUGACUCAUUGGAUCACGUGAUUGACAUCCAUGGACACAUCAUUGGAAUGGGACUGUCACCUGACCACAGGUACCUAUAUGUCAACAGCCGCUCAUGGCCCAGUGGCUCAGUGGUGUCAGACCCCAUGCAGCCUCCACCUAUUGCUGAGGAGAUUGACUUACACGUGUUUGACCUUAAGACUAUGAAGGAAGUGAAGAGGGCCCUCAGAGCCCACCGUGCCUAUACCCCCAAUGAUGAGUGCUUCUUCAUUUUCCUUGAUGUCAGCAGGGAUUUUGUUGCCAGUGGUGCAGAAGACCGACAUGGCUAUGUCUGGGACCGACAUUACAACAUCUGCUUGGCCAAGCUCCGCCAUGAGGAUGUGGUCAACUCAGUGGCCUUUAGCCCCCUGGAACAGGAGUUGUUGCUGAGUGCCAGUGAUGAUAAUACUAUUAAAGUAUGGCGGUCACCCCGUACUGUGCGUAUCCACCAAGCCUCUCGCCCACGGCCCCGUCCACUCUUCUUCUCCUGGCUGAGCAGCCAAAAGAGCUGAAGAACCCCACCUAGUUAUCUUGAACUCACAAGUUCUUCUGAGGGGCAGACACCUUGGUUUACAGGAGACUGUUCUAACUACCCAGGCCAUCAACAAACCAGAGAGAAGCAAUAGUCAAGACUUCCCUAUCUUGGUGUGGCUGUUCUGAUAAACAGGACCAAGUCUUCCACCAAAUGAUGACUCCUAUCUUGAUCUCCUUCCAAGCCCAGUCCAGGAACUGACUUUGGAGAGUCUGCCAAGUGACAGUGCCUAUCAUACCCUUGCUCAGGACUCUCUUUUGUUGAUGGCAACUUGGUCCUGAGCUGAAGAAUCUUUUCCUAUUCUUGGGUUUGUAGCAGUUCUGCCACAAGAUGUUAGGGGGGGCACAGCCAUGUGUGACAGCAAGAAUUUGUUGGCAGAAUUAUAGGAGAAAGAAGAGUUCAGACAUAGACUGCUUCAUUUCCAUCUCCCAUCCCUACAACUGGGUAGGAUUUGUGAUUAGAAAUAAUUUUACAAAAUAGAUUAUUUGAACCUUCCUUUUACUUAGGUUUCAAUGUGUUCUAUUUCAAAGCUAGGAUUCCCAAUUUUUGAGGUUUGUAAGAAGCUUAGUUGUAUGGGCUUACCAGGGAGCCCUGGGCCCCCUUCUCAGGAGUUAGGGACAGCCAUUCUGAUCAAGGACUCGCCUUGGAGGUUUUCACUUCACACGUGUGGUUUUUUUGGUAGCACUACAGUUUAUUUCACAUAGGCCAUUGACCCACUAAGGAUAUAUAAUUUUUUUUCCCAAAUCCGGUUCAAAUGAGUUCAUUCCUUGAUAUUUGUUUUGUUUUUUGUAACAGCUUCUUGGCCUUGGUUGCACCCAGUUUGGCCCUGAAGCUCUCCAGUUGCCUUGGCCCUAGCUGAGGAUUAAAAACAGUUGGGGCAGCAGACAAGAGUCAACCUGUUAAAGAAUGGUACUGUCACUACAGGGUCCAGUGAUGGAGGUGGUUCCUACCCCACACUCUGCUUUGCCCCAUUCUUUUCCUAAAUAACUUAUUUUGAACACCAGCAUCAGUAGCUCCUUUCCUAGUAACUUGGUCAGGGGCCUGUCUGGGAAGCUUCAGGGAGGGGUUGCUGGAUCUACCUUGGUGAAAUUGUUGGUAUAGGUCCUUGUGGGGUCCUGGGGUCAAACUGCAUGUCUGCCUUUCCAGUGCACCUCACUCCAGCCCUGAAUAAACACUCAUUAAGUA